UACAGGAGAUGACCAGAGACUGCGGACACAGUACAGGGAUGACCAGAGACUGCGGACACAGUACAGGAGAUGACCAGAGACUGCGGACAUAAUACAGGAGAUGACCAGAGACUGCGGACACAGUACAGGAGAUGGUCAGAGACUGCAGACACAGUACAGGAGAUGACCAGAGACUGCGGACACAGUACAGGGAUGACCAGAGACUGCGGACACAGUACAGGAGAUGACCAGAGACUGCGGACAUAGUAAAUGAAACAGAUCGCUGUCUGCGAGGGCCACACAAUAAGUGCUAUAGGGCCACAUCUGGCCCCUGGGCCGCAGUUUGAGCAGUG